AGAGGGGGAGGACAUUUUUUUUUUUAUUCCCAUGACUCUGUGUUCAGCCGUACAGGUGUGCAUCCAUCAUGGCGGAAAGCGGUGAAGAAACGGAAAGGAAAAUUACUAUUACAGUUAAAACAAGUAAAGAAAAGCAAGAGAUUAAAAUUGAGGCUGAUGUGUCGGUCAAAGAGUUCAAAGAACUUGUAUCAAAGAAAUUCAAUGCUCCUGAAGAACAGCUCUGCCUCAUUUUUGCUGGAAAAAUCUUAAAGGAUGCUGACACAUUAAGCCAGCAUGGAAUACAUGAUGGUUUAACUGUUCAUCUAGUUAUCAAAUCCGCUAAUAGAGCUACUGCUGGUAACACUGGAGGAACCAAUAGCAGUAACACUUGUCCAGCAGGAGCAGGAGGUACCAGUACAAGGCCAAGCAACAAUACAAGCAGUGCUAGUGCUAAUAUCGGAGCCACUCCUUUUGGAUUAGGAGGCUUAGGAGGUUUGGCUGGUCUUGGCAAUUUAGGAAUGGGGUCUGCAAAUUUUAUGGAAAUGCAACAGAGAAUGCAAAGAGAGUUAAUGCAGAAUCCCGAGAUGUUUCGUUCCAUGAUGGAAAACCCAUUUGUUCAACAGAUGAUGUCUAACCCUGACAUUAUGCGGCGCUUAAUCACCAGUAAUCCUCAAAUGAGAGAGCUUAUGGAAAGAAAUCCUGAAAUAACACACAUGUUGAAUAACCCUGAAUUGAUGAGACAGACAUUAGAGCUUGCAAGGAACCCAGCCAUGUUGCAAGAGCUUAUGAGAACUCAAGAUCGAGCUAUGAGUAAUUUGGAAAGUAUUCCAGGAGGUUUUAAUGCUCUGCAGCGAAUGUACCGUGAUAUCCAAGAGCCUAUGAUGAAUGCUGCACAGGAAGGGUUUGGCUCUAACCCAUUUGUCUCUUUGGUAUCUAACUCUAGUGGAGGGAGCAACCAAAACAACGAGCAGGUUGGGAGGGAAAAUAACGACCCCUUGCCAAAUCCUUGGACCCCUAAACCAGCAGGUGGUAGUGGGUCUACUACUGGAGGAGGGAGUGGUCCUACUCAAACUGACAGCACUAGUGGGGACUCAUCAACACCCUUGGCUGGUGGACCUUUUGGUAUGUUUAAUACGCCUGGUAUGCAGAGUUUGCUAACACAAAUGACACAGAAUCCACAACUGAUCCAGAAUAUGUUGCAAGCUCCAUACAUUCAAACUAUGAUGCAAACCAUGUCCAGUAAUCCUGAUAUGGCUCAGCAGAUUUUAGGUAAUAAUCCAUUAUUUGCUGCCAACCCCCAAUUUCAAGAUAUAUUUAACCAGUAUCUUCCUACCAUGAUGAAUCAGUUGCAGAACCCACAGAUGCAAACCCUCAUAAGUAACCCACGGGCUUUAGAAGCUAUAAUGCAGAUCCAGCAGUCCUUGCAACAGUUACAGAAUGAAGCUCCUGGACUUUUUCCAGGUUUAACUGGUCUUUCAAUUCCUACUACCAGUAAUACAAGCACUGGUAGUACUGAUUCUACUACAACCACAGCCUCCUCCACCGCCUCCACUACCACCACCACUACUUCUACAGAAGCCACCAACACAUCCGCUACUGCUGGCUCUGCGGUGAAUUCAUCUGACAAGCCGGCUACGACUGCUGGUGAGAACACCUCCUCCUCUCCCGCCACCACAACUUCUACCACAUCAUCUACUACUCCUAAUGUAACUGGUGGCACCAAUACCACAGCCAGCGGGGACUCUAACCCUCUCGGUGGUAAUACCAGUGCUGAUGCAUUCAGUAAUUUGAUGGCCCAAAUGGUACAGAUGAUGGCCAGUGGUCAAAUGGGAAGUAAUCCAAUGACUAGUGGUUUACUCGGCACAGGACAAAUGGUUCAACCUCCUGAUCAGCGCUUUGGACCUCAAUUGGAACAGCUUGCAGCAAUGGGAUUUGUGGAUCGAGAAGCUAAUAUUAGAGCUUUGACUGCUACCCUGGGUGAUGUGAAUGCUGCCAUUGACAGGCUUUUACAACAGAGAUGAAGAGCAACAACAUAAACUUCACCACCACUGCCACCACUACCACCGUCUCUCCAUCUUUUGUUGUUGGUUAAUUUAACUUUUCCAAAUUCCAGAAAAUUUUAAAUUAAAAAAAAAAAAAGGACUACUAAUUAAAAGAAACUCAAUUCAUCCGCAACUACUACUACUACUACUCCUACUAUUAUUAAUAAUACUCUUACUUCUACUACUUCUACAGCAAAAACAAAGAAGGGUU